AUGGCGGGUGCUCCGGCUCACGCCCAAUCCUCGUUACCUUCACUCCCCGCUCACCUUCAGUCUGAUACACACUUGACUGCUCACCUGGCCAGUCGUUUCCAUGUCGGAUUACCAACAGCUCGUCUCUCGUCCCAUGCACUGAUUGCGUUGAACACAUACACCUCGGCAACCAAGGGUCCAGAUGGCACCAAAGAAGGCAGUGCCGCGGGUGAAGCAGAGGAUUUGGCUCGACGUGCUUUUACCAGACUUGGGUCUCGUGCGGAGAACCAAGCAGUAGUAUUCCUAGGCGAGAGUGGUUCUGGAAAGACUACACUCCGUUCGCACCUGCUCUCAUCGUUCUUAUCCUUCUCAUCAACCCCCCUCUCCUCCAAACUCUCGUACGCUGCUUUCGUUUUCGAUACCCUCACUACAACAAAAUCCGUCACCACUCCCACAGCCUCCAAGGCCGGUCUAUUCCUCGAGCUUCAAUACGAUGGCUCAUCUUCAGUGAAUCCAACCUUGAUUGGUGGUAAGAUUAUCGAUUACCGAUUAGAGCGGAGCCGUAUCUCCUCGGUCCCCACGGGUGAGCGUAGUUUCCACGCCCUCUACUACCUUCUAGCCGGAACAAGCCCUGCAGAGAAGUCUCACCUCGGAUUCGACAACCCCAUUCAUAUCCAAACGGCUGGCGGAGGCUCCGUUAGCCACAAGCGAUGGAGAUAUCUGGGACAUCCAACACAACUCAAAGUUGGAAUCAAUGAUGCCGAGGGGUUCCAGCACUUCAAGACCGCUCUUCGUAAACUCGAGUUCUCCCGCGGCGAAAUUGCAGAAAUUUGUCAAAUCCUGGCAAGUAUUCUUCAUAUCGGACAGCUCGAUUUCACUUCCGGACAGGCAACUACUACCGGUGUCGAAGAAAGCGGAGGCUACUCCCAUGAGGGAGGUGAAAUCGUGACGAUUGUCAAGAAUAAGGAUGUCCUUGCCAACGUAGCGGCUUUCCUUGGGCUGAGUGUAGAGUCUCUGGAGAACAGUCUCGGUUACAAGACCAAAACCAUCGGCCGGGAACGGGUGACGGUUAUGUUGGAUCCAUCAGGCGCGCGACAGAAUGCUGAUGCAUUCGCCCGCACCAUCUACUCUCUUCUGGUCACAUAUGUGAUUGAGACAGUGAACCAGAAGAUCUGCGCGGCCGAGGACAGUGUGGCUAAUACGGUGUCCAUUGUUGAUUUCCCCGGCUUCUCUCAGUCUGCUGCGACAGGGUCUACUCUUGACCAGCUUCUCAGCAACGCUGCCACGGAAUCCCUUUACAACUACUGUCUACAAUCGUUCUUCGACCGAAAGGCCGAUGUGCUCGAUCGUGAGGAGAUCACGGUCUCUGCCACAAGCUAUUUCGAUAAUACCGAUACUGUCCGUGGGCUUCUGAAGCAAGGGAAUGGCUUGUUGAGCAUUUUGGACGACCAGACCCGCCGGGGCCGCUCUGAUGCACAGUUCCUUGAGAGCGUGCGGAAGCGCUUUGAGGGUAAAAAUCCAUCCAUCUCAGUCGGUGGUGGCAAUACCGGUGGAAGUUACCUAGCCCAGUCCGCCCGUACUGCUUUCACCGUGAAACACUUUGCAGGAGAGGUUGAUUACUCGGUCAACGGUCUCAUAGAAGAAAACGGUGAAGUCAUUUCUGGAGAUCUGAUGAACUUGAUGAAGUCGACUCGCAGCGACUUUGUCCGCGAGCUAUUCGGCCAGGAGGCUUUGCAAACCAUCCCUCACCCCCGUGAGAAGACUGCCAUCAUGCAGGCGCAGGUCUCCUCCAAGCCGCUUCGGCAGCCAAGCAUGGCCCGCCGUAAGCACAUGCAACAGGCCCGCCAGGCCUCUGAUGUUUUCCGCGGAGAGCAUGAGCUCGCUGAAGAGAACGAAAGUAGCUACGCAGGAAGCUCGAGGCGCAGUGCGGCUACCCGUAAGAGUGGCCUCAUGACUGGUCCUGCUCAAGGUGCAGCUGGACAGUUCCUAUCGGGAAUUGAGAUAAUCAAUAAGUGCUUAAGCUCUUCCAACGUUAACCCGUACUUCGUCAUCUGCCUGAAGCCAAAUGACCGUCGCAUUGCAAACCAAUUCGAUAGCAAAUGUGUGCGCAUGCAGGUGCAAACCUUUGGCAUCGCGGAAAUCAGCCAGCGUAUUCGCAACGCCGAUUUCAGCGUGUUCCUUCCCUUCGCUGAGUUCCUAGGCUUGGCCGAGAUCGGCAAUGUUGUCGUAGGUAGCGACAAGGAGAAGUCCGAGGUUGUGUUGGAUGAGCGACGAUGGCCAGGCAAUGAAGCCCGCGUCGGCACUCAAUCGCCCGGUGCUUUCAUUUACGGUGAUGAGAACAAGACGGGUGGUUACUUUGGGAGCCGUGAGAUGGAUGGACGCUCCGACGCUGGAGGAUCAGCACACCCCGGCGACAUGUUCCAUAACCUCGAAACCCGACAGCAGAUGUUGGAGAAAGGCAAUGAGAAAAAUUUGGAAGAAGUUGACGAUCUACCUGUCUCUGGCUCUCGCAAGCGGUGGAUGGCGUUGGUCUGGAUGCUCACCUUUUUCAUCCCUGAUUUCCUGAUCAAGUUUAUUGGUCGCAUGAAGCGCCCAGAAAUCCGGACGGCUUGGCGUGAGAAGCUUGCGAUCAAUAUGAUCAUCUGGUUCGCCUGUGGAGUUGCAAUCUUCAUGAUUGUUGGUUUUCCUGGUCUAAUUUGUCCUACUCAGCAUGUCUACUCAGUUGGAGAACUUAGCUCCCACAACGGCAAGAAUGGAGCUAGUUCCUAUAUCGCGAUAUCAGGUGUUGUGUUCGAUCUAGGAGACUUCAUGCCGUCCCAUCAGCCAGAUAUCGUUCCACAGAAAGCUCUUAAAAAUUAUGCUGGCACCGACGCCUCAGCUCUCUUCCCGAUGCAAGUCUCGGCUCUUUGUCAAGGUACUACUGGGCACGUCGACCCUAGUGUCCCAUUGGACUACCGUUCAAACCUGAAUGCGACUUCCACUUCGUCAUCCUCGACCAAUGGAAUGGACCCCAACUCCAAGUACCAUGACUUCCGUUACUGGAUGGGCACGGGUGAUGAUUAUCAACCUGACUGGUAUUAUGAGCAGAUGACCUAUCUCAGGGCCAACUACAAGAAGGGCUAUGUCGGCUACACUUCCCAGUAUAUCAAAACUCUGGCAGAUGAGAAGCAGAAAAUGAUCGUGAGUAUCAAUGGCAAAGUGUAUGACAUGACCUAUUACAUCGCGGGGCCCCGUCUUCCACGAUUCCCUCCAGGUCAUAAUAGAUCAACUAGCGGCAUCGACACCGAUUAUAUGAGCCCGGAGCUUGUCACACUCUUCCAACAGGGGACAGGCAAAGAUGUCAGCAAUGACUGGAAUCGUCUUGAUAUUGACGACGGACUGCGGUCCCGAAUGCAACUGUGUCUUGACAAUCUCUUCUUUGUCGGGCAUGUUGAUACUCGAAACUCGGCCCAGUGUCAAUUCGCACGAUAUUUUAUUCUCGCGAUUUCCAUCUUAAUUUGUUGUAUCAUUCUGUUCAAGUUCCUUGCCGCUUUGCAGUUUGGAAAGAAGAACCUGCCUGAGAACCUGGACAAGUUCAUCAUCUGCCAAGUGCCUGCUUAUACCGAAGAUGAGGAAUCGCUUCGUCGUGCUAUCGACUCCAUGGCGCGCAUGCGCUACGAUGACAAGCGCAAGCUUCUUAUGAUCAUUUGUGACGGUAUGAUUAUUGGUCAAGGAAACGAUCGACCCACUCCACGGAUUGUCCUAGACAUCCUGGGUGUCCCUGACACGGUUGAUCCGGAGCCUCUCAGCUUCGAGAGUCUCGGCGAGGGUAUGAAGCAGCACAAUAUGGGCAAGGUCUACUCUGGUCUUUACGAGGUGCAGGGCCAUAUUGUGCCAUUCAUGGUUGUCAGCAAGGUUGGCAAGCCCUCCGAAGUCUCUCGCCCGGGUAACCGAGGCAAACGUGACUCACAAAUGCUGCUCAUGCGCUUCCUCAACCGUAUCCACUAUAACGAUCCCAUGAGCCCCUUGGAACUGGAAAUGUACCACCAGAUUCGGAACAUCAUCGGUGUCAAUCCUGGGUUCUAUGAAUUCAUUCUCCAAGUUGAUGCCGAUACGGUCGUAGCGCAUGAUGCCGCUACUCGUUUUGUUUCCUCGUUCCUAUCCGACACUCGUCUCAUUGGUGUCUGUGGAGAGACAGCUUUGUCCAACGCGAAGACAUCUAUGGUCACCAUGAUUCAGGUCUAUGAAUACUACAUCUCUCACAAUCUGAUCAAGGCGUUCGAGAGUCUCUUCGGAUCCGUCACUUGUUUGCCUGGUUGUUUCACUAUGUACCGAAUCCGCUCUCCUGAAACUGGCAAGCCAUUGUUCGUGAGUAGGGAGGUCGUUGAGGCGUACUCUGAGAUCCGCGUGGAUACAUUGCAUAUGAAGAACCUGCUACAUCUGGGUGAAGAUCGAUACUUGACCACUCUUUUGCUUAAGAAUCAUCCUAAGUACAAGACGAAGUACAUCUUCCGUGCCCAUGCCUGGACUGUCGCCCCUGAGAGUUUCGCCGUUUUCCUGUCCCAGCGUCGUCGGUGGAUCAACUCUACUGUUCACAACUUGAUCGAGCUCAUUCCCUUGCAACAGCUUUGCGGUUUCUGCUGCUUCAGUAUGCGAUUCAUUGUCUUCGUUGAUCUGCUCAGUACCAUCAUCCAGCCUGUCACAGUUGCAUACAUUAUCUACCUGAUUGUUUGGAUUGUCCGGUCGCCCGAUAUCAUCCCAUGGACAUCUUUCAUUCUCUUGGGUGUUAUUUACGGUCUACAAGCAUUCAUUUUCAUUGUCCGACGCAAGUGGGAAAUGAUUGGGUGGAUGGUCAUCUACAUUCUCGCCAUCCCAGUGUUCUCUCUCGCCCUGCCGCUGUACUCCUUCUGGCACAUGGACGACUUUAGUUGGGGUAAUACGCGUAUUAUUACCGGGGAAAAGGGCCGCAAGGUUGUCAUCUCCGACGAAGGCAAAUUCGACCCCAAUUCGAUUCCCAAGAAACGCUGGGAGGAUUACCAAGUCGAACUAUGGGAAGCCCAGACCUCGCGCGACGAUCGUUCCGAGAUUUCUGGUGUCUCUUACGGCACUCGUGCCAUGGCGGCGCAUUCUGACUACGGCUUCCCGGGUGCAGUAUACGCUGGCUCGCGCUCUGCAUCGCAGCUCGAUAUCCCGUACCAAACUGCGGGGUCUCGUAUGUCUGUCGCUCCUUCGGAGAUGAUGAGCCGCCAUAUGGAUAUGGAAUAUGAGGAUAUUAGCCAUCUUCCCACCGACGAUGCUCUUUUGGCUGAAAUUCGGGAGAUUCUGCGAACCGCAGAUCUGAUGACUGUCACCAAGAAGAGUAUCAAGCAAGACCUUGAGAGUCGCUUUGGUGUUAACCUUGACGCCAAGCGACCCUACAUCAAUUCUGCUACCGAAGCUGUUCUCUCAGGUCUUCUUUGA